AUGGAGCAGUCGGUUAGCCAUACCAGCUCUGAAGAUCGGUUGGAGCAGCAGGAAGUCGGGCGACGCAUUGUCGAGGCGAUGAACAGGAAGGCCUUCCCCCCUGCGGCUCAAAAUCCGGAGGAUCGUCACGACAACUCUCUUGUCUCCUCGCUUUUUUCGUGGCCUGGUGCUCUUGCUCUCCGGGCGUGA